AGUGGGCGUAGAUCUGAUUUGAUGAGCCAGUUUGCACCUUCGAAUUGAGUGCACGACAAAUUCUCUCUCUCCUCUUUGUGCGUGUAUCUGUUUGCGGACACUAACCAGUAUAGUACCGCAUGACAGCGGUUGAUCGUAUGAAAAGCCAAACAAGAAGUACACAGAAAAUAAUGUCACACCCCAUGAGAAGUUGAGAACAAUGACCAGCUAGCUAACGAGCGUAACAAUCCUCCCUCUUCUUUCUUUCCUUUCUUCUCUUGUUUCUCUUUCUCUUUGCUUUGUUUCUGUCACUCAAUCGCGUUUCUACUCUGUCACUCAACUUUGCAUUCCCUUGUGCCUGCUUGUCUCGAUCAUAUUUCAAGGUCUGUAGCUACAAUACUCAUUGCAUUGUGAGUUGUGACGAGAAGAGGAGAAAGUGAGCAACCGCCAACUGGGCAGGAGAAAGAGAGGGAGAAUGUUCAAGUUACAGAGACAAAACCACAGGCCAUCAAAAUCAGGAGAAAGGGUUGAUUUUAAAUUCUCCAAUUUCCAAGCACUUCAGGUACAAUAUCCCACUUGUUUGAUCCCUCUGACUUUCCGAUGGUUUUCCACCUUUUGCUCUUUCAGAAGAGUGCGAAGAGUUGCUUUUCUUUACUCGGUCUGAGUUGAUGGUAAUAUCUCUGAUCCCUUGAUGCAUUAUUCUUGGAAAUUGGAAUAGGACGACUUUCUUGGUGUCAGGGCAUCGCUUGCUUUUCCAUCAAAACACUCUGAUUAUCAGUUUCUGGCUACGAAACUUCAUAGUUGCAUUUUAACUAUUGUUUUAGGAUCCUCAAAGGUCACAGAGGAGCAAUUUGAUCAUACAUACUGCGAAUGGCAAUCUUGAUAGAAUAAAGAUUUUGGGCCACUUAAUUGUUUUCUUUAAAUGCUUGCUACUCAAUUAACUGAUGGAUCCAGAUGCUGCACUAGUGGAAAACUCAUUCUUCUGAUUGUUGAUUAAAGCCUAAAGGGAUGAGGAUGAAAUGUGAUUUUGCAAAACAAUAAGCGGUAAUUAAUGUUUGAGCGGUGACUUUAAUGUGAUCCUUGUGCUCUCACCUCCUUGGUUCCAUAAAUGACUCUAAUGUGUUUAACAUCACUCGAUCAGUUGGCUUGCAGGUUUCUUUCAGUCAUUGGUAACUUCAUUCUCAUUUUUGAAUGCAUACAAUAGGUACCAAAAGGAUGGGACAGGCUUUUUCUCUCGAUGACCUCUGUGGAAUCUGGCAAGACAGUUGCAAGGUUGGGGAAAGCAUUAGUGCGAAAUGGAAAUUGUCAAUGGACAGAGACUCUUCUUGAAUCUGUUUGGAUAACGAAAGAUGAUUCUUCAAAAGAGCCCGAAGAGUGCCUCUUCAAGCUUGUUGUCUCCAUGGGGUCAUCUAGAGCUGGCAUUCUCGGAGAAGCAACCAUCAAUGUGUCCUGCCUCAUGAGUUCAAAGGCGUCUUCUGCAGUUAUAUUGCCAUUGAGAAAAUGCAACUUUGAGACCUUAUUACAGAUCAGGUGGUUGGGUGGCUGGGUAUCUUCUAGGUUCAGAGCUCCACAACAGAAAGGUGAUUUGCUGUGCCAUUUUGGUUCUGAGAACAGUAUGCUUUUUGAAUUUUACAGGUCAAAAUUCAGUGCCUAACUCCAAGACCAAAUAUCAGGCAUGGGAGUCCAAACUCUAAUUUCAAGAGGCAAAAUGAAGAUGUAGAUUUUCAAGCUCUUUCCAGCACGUCAGAGACAGCUGAUAAUUCACUUGUUCGCAGUAGUAAAGUAUCUUCAAGUCAAGAUCUGGAUGUCAGCUCUCAUCAUGAAAAUCACAAGCAGGAUCAAAAUUAUUCAGGAGUGAAUUCAAAUCACAAUGCGAACUAUGCAGAGGGUUCGAAAAGAAGAGACCCUUUUAAUCCAAUGCACAAAUUACAAAGCAAUGGAUACACCACUCAUCAGAGACACAUUGGAGCUAGCUCGAAGAGUAGUUCAGCUCAUGAUAACUAUCCUGUUGAUGAUUCUUCUUUUUCAAGCCAAUCAUCUUGUAACUCAGGGGUAAUGAAUUCAAAAAUGGAUUUGCACAGUAGUGGAAAAGAGUCUGGCAACGCAUCUCCAAGAAACACUGGAUCUAAAGAUCUUCUGGAAGCAGCAGAAGGUACUAUUGAGGAACUCCGAGUAGAAGCUAAAAUGUGGGAGAGAAAUGCCAGGAAAUUGAUGCUUGAUCUGGAUAUGUUGAGAAAAGAAUUCUUAGGCCAGUCAAAAAAGCAGUCUGAUUUAGUAAUGGAGCUUUCAGCAGCAUAUGCAGAGCAUAGUGGCCUCAAGAAAGAAAUUGAACAGUUGAAUGUAAUGCUGGAGGAAUCAACUCUCAAGCAGAGAGCUUUAGAGGAUUCAGUUCUUCAAUCUGAAGGUCAAACUCAAAUUCAAGAGGAAUUGGAAAGUGAGCUAAAGUAUCAUCAACAAUCUAAUGCCAAUCUAUCUCUGCAACUAAAAAGAAGUCAAGAAUCAAACAUCGAGCUUGUUUCUAUUCUCCAAGAGCUGGAACAUACCAUAGAACAGCAGAAAAUUGAGAUAGAGAAUCUCUCUGCUCUACACUUGAAGUCUGCUGAUAGUGAAAGUUCUGUUGAACAAAAUUUGGGGGAGAAUAGGAACUUACUGCUCCAAUUUCAACAACUUCAGGAAUCAGGAAAGAUGUUGGAAAUAGAUGUUCAGCGUCUUGAGAAAGCCUUGGAAGAAAAAGUUAAUGAGCUAGAAACUCAACGGAGCUUGAAUGGCCAGUCCCUUUUAGAUAUGGAGAGAGUAUACAAAUAUCAGUUGAGUGUUAAGGAUGAAGAAAUAACCAAUUUACAAGCAAAAGUGAUGAAGUCUGUCAGAGGAAGACUCUUGGACGAUAUGGAAAAGAAUAGUGGAAGUGAUUCUGAUCUUAUUAAAGAGAUUGAAUCCUUGAGAGAGAAAGUGCAUGAGCUAGAGACCGAUUGCAAUGAGCUUACUGAGGAGAACUUGGAGCUUUUGUUGAAGAUUAAGGAGUCGGAGAAUAUACACAUUGGAAAAUGUGGAUCUUUCAGUUCAACAUCUAGUGAGCUGCCAGCGAAAUCUGUUAGCAUGCAGUCUGAUGUGAGUGACACCGAACCCCAGAUGUAUGAUCCAGAGCUCAAGUCAAAGACGAAUGAGGAGGAGCAAUGUGCUGCAUUUGAAUCUUCUGGACUAUUCUGUGAAUUACUGAAACAACUGGAAUUGGCUUUUCACUGUCUAAUGAAGCCAUUGCCUAAUGUUUCUCCUCAUGCAAGUGAGAAGUGCAAAUUUAUUCUUGAUGAUGUGGCUAAUUUGAGCAAGAAAGAUUCAUCCAACUCAAAGGUAUUCACUGAAUCAAUACUCAACUAUUUCUCUGAGCUGAACAACAUCUUGGAAGAUAGGAUUGCUGAGUUUGAGCAGACCAUUAGAUGUGGUGAAAUUGAGAUCCAAAAGAGAAAUGAUGCUAUUACUGAAGCUCACAAAAGUGUGGAAGAUAUGAUCCUGAAGGUUCAACAGCAUGAGAUUUCAAAGGCAGAACUAGAAGCUGAUUGUCAAAGUUUGCUGAAGGAAUUAUCUCAAAAGAGAUCUGAGAUGGAUAAGCUACAAGCUGAUUUGUUGAGUAAGGAAGGGCAAACUAAUUUUCACAUCCAACGUCAAAGGGAAUUAGAAAUUCAAGUUGCUGAUCUUCAAACAGAAAAGGUCCAGCUGGAAAUGAACAAUGAAACAAUUGAGAGGGAACAUGAAGUCACAUCCAAAUGCUUGGAUGAUCUACAAAAUGAUUUUGCAGUGCUCAGUAGCAGAUUGGAUUCCCAUGUCUCUGCAAAGGAAAUUCUUGAAAGAAAAUUAGCAGAGUUAGAACUGGAAAAACGCAACUUAGAGAAGAAAAUCAUACUAUUGGAAGAUGAAAAAUUGCAAUUACAAGAAAGAAUAUCAGUUAUGGAUGUUCAAAUGACGCAAUUGGGAGAUGAGCAGCAGUCUUGUCGAUUGGAACUAAAGGACUCCAAGUCCCUUGCAAUGAACCUGCAAAAUCAGAUCAGAAGAUUGGAGAUUGAGAUGGAGGCCCAUAAUGUCAGUUUCAACCAAAAUAUACAAGAUAAACAGGAUCAACUGUUGGAAUCUCAAAGACACUGUGAAUGUCUUAGGGCAGAAAAUCAGGACUUACAAGCAUCCAUUCUCAGACUUGGCGAAGAGCGCAAGAUUCUUCAGAAAUUGAAUAAAGAACUGAAGAAGAAGGAACUAGAAUUGCAUGAACAUAGUGAGCAGAUGGCGACACGAUUAGAGAAUUCUGAAAAAUGUUUCUCUGAUUGCACUAGAAAGGUUGAAGCUCUAGAAGAAAAUCUUAAUUCCACACUGGAAGCAUUUACCUUGAAAGAGAAAAGUCUGAAUUCUGAACUGGAGGCCUUUCUUCAGGAAUGCAGAAAUGAAAAGGAAAAACUUGUUCUGCAGGAGACUUUGUCAAAUCAGAUGCAUUUUGAGAUGUCAUCCGAAGUGAAGAACCUCCAGAAGGAGGUGGAAAGCCUGAUGACCCAAAUUUCUGUAGCUCAUGAGGAAAAGGAGAAAGCAGAGUCUGAGGCUUCUCUUGAAAUUGCCAGUCUGAAUGCUGAUAAAAGAAAAUUGGAAUUUGCUCUUCAAGAAGUUAACUCGAAAUUAGAAUUGAGCGAGCGUGAGCUUAAUAAUCUACAUGUAGAAUUUGAGUUGAAGGCAGAAAGCAUGAGGACUGAGCUUUCUGCUUCCGAAAAGAUUCAUGUAAUACCAAUUGCUGACCAUGAAAAAUUGUUAAAGCAAUUAGCAAGUCGCAGGACAACUGAAGAAAAGCUUAAGACAGCUCUGAACAACAUUGAAUUGAAGCUUACUCUUUCUGACUAUGAAAACCAACAACUCCGAGAGGAGAGUGCCAACCUAAAAGUUCAUUUUCAAAGAGUAGCAGACCUGCAGCAUGAAGUCUCAGUUUUGAAGAGCAAGGUUGAAGAGUGCAGGUUUGAGAAGGAAAAACUAGAAGCCUCAUAUCAGACAGUAUCUGGGGAUUAUGAGAGUCUGAAGGCUGAGAAGAAUUCCUGUGUUGAAAAAGUUUUGAGCUUACAAAAGGCAAUGACUGACUAUGAGGACUGCAAACAAAAGGCAAUUGCCCUGGAAGAAAAGCUACUCCAAAUGGAGGGUGCUUUACUUUCAAAAGAGACCUUGUCUGCGCAGAAUGCUGAUCUGGAAAAAGAACUAAACGAAGUCAGAAAAGUAAGCAAGCAGUAUCAGCAGAUUAUAUCUCAGCUUGAAGAGCAAAAAUCAGAAUGCUUGCUGAAAGUUCAAGCUCUUGAAAUGGAUGUGUUGAAGAGACAUAAUUGUGACAGAAAGUGCGAUGGUAAGUGCAGUAUGAAGGAUGGAAGUCCUCGUCCAGGUGAAGUUGCUGACGAGCUCGCUGAGGCACUGGAUGAGGAUAACAUGCACAAAAUUCAGCUGCAUAGCUUUUCAUCAGAGGAGCUAAGCAGCGAAACGAUGGCCUGCUCGAAGAUAUCAGUGGUAGAGAGUCAAGCAGAGGCAAGAGAGAGAUUUGAACGAACAAAGUCAUCACUAGAGACGGAGCUAAGAGACCUUCGCGAGCGGUAUUUGGAAAUGAGCCUGAAAUAUGCCGAAGUGGAAGCCCAGCGGGAGGAUCUUGUGAUGAAGCUAAAGGCAGCCAAAAGUGGAAAGAGGUGGUUCUCUUGAAUGCAUGUGUUACCAAGUCGGCCAGAUGAAGCUAUUUUUGCCGUACAUUCUUCAUUUUUUUUUUAUCAAGAAAGGUAUACAUAGAUACUUAGAUCAAGUAAUUGUAACCCCCCGGGGGGGGGGGCACUCAAUUAGCAGUCGAAAAGGGAGGAUUGGGAAUAAUAAGUGAUCAAAGGGGAGUGGGUUUUGUACAUAACGGUAUAGUUAAGCCAUCUCUGACUCGAGACAAUCACAACAUCCAGCUUAGCUUGUUGUUGAAUGAUCAUAACUGCUCAUUUGGAGGCACGAGUGACAGUACUUGUAUUGUAUGGUUAUUCUUGA